AUGCCAGAAUUCUAUCGUUGCAAAUACCAAAAAAAUAGUUUGCUAAACUGGAAAAUGGGUCAACACAAGCAUCAUGGAUUCAUCUUUAAACUUUUACAUGCAGAUCCUGAAAUUUCAGAGAUUUUCCAUUCUCCGCACAUCUGCCUGGAUUUGAUCCCUUUCAUGAUCUACUCCCUCAAUAAACAAAAACGAUGGGAAGCUGAAUUGAAUGAGGACUUUCUAGAAAUUCUUCAGAAAAUUAACGAACAUUUUGAAGUUUCAGUAUUUCAGAGGAUUUCUGUGUAUCCUUGGGUUACAGAUUUUAACCUUAUUGGACCUCAUUAUUGCACAGCUCUGAAUUCGUCGAAAAUUCGAAACAGUUUCGAAAUUUCAAAAAUUUGCAAUUAUAAAGAACAAAAAUUCGGAGGAGCUGGAAGAUUUUAUGGAUCCGACACUAAAAAAAUAUCCCGGACUCCAACGAAAAUGGAAAUGAUCAGUUAUAAUUUUGUGGAGGAGCCGAAAAAUUGGAAAAAAGUUUUUGGGAAAUAUUUUCGAAAAUUCAAAUGGGACCGGCAUAACGAUUCCUACAUCCGAAAAUGUCAAUUUGAUCCAAAAUCAAUGAAAUUGGAUUUUCAAGAAUUCAAAGAUGAGCAAUAUUUUGGAGAUGAUGAUGAAGAGGCUGAAAAUGCUGAAAUUUCGGAGAAGAAUCUGAAAUUCUACAAUUUCAUAGAUCAUUUUGUGGAGAGGCCGAGGAGGAGAAAGAAAAAUCGGAAUUUCAGAGAUUUCGAAAUUUUGAGUUAA